ACCUAUUACACUGUCCGGGUUUAAUAAUAAUUAAUAUUUGCAAAUUUAUUUUAUAAGAAAAAUAAAUUCUGGUAACUGGAUUCAAUAUUUAUUAUACUGGUGAAAUAACUUUCAUUAUAGGUGUGAUUUUUAGGCUAAUUCUAUAUCCAUGUGGUCGAUAACUCCGUGAAUCAUGUUUUUAUAGCGUCUAUUUGAUCGGCUCUUAAUUAUCAAAAAAACUGUUGGGUUUAAAUACACGAGUCGAACAAAAAGCUACCAAAAUGGCGUUUGCUGGUCUCAAAAAACAAAUUAAUAAAGCAAAUCAGUACAUGACUGAGAAAAUUGGCGGGGUUGAAGGAACAAAGCUUGAUGUGGACUUCGUGGAUAUGGAAAGGAAAACUGACGUUACUUACGAGUUGGUUGAAGAACUUCAAAUGAAAACCAAAGAAUUCCUGCAGCCGAAUCCUACAGCCAGAGCUAAAAUGGCUGCCGUCAAAGGCAUAUCAAAACUAAGUGGUCAAGCAAAAGCGUCCACUUAUCCACAGGCAGAAGGUACCCUUGGUGAUUGCCUACUCAUGUAUGGUAAAAAACUAGGCGAUGAUAGUCUAUUUGGCCAAGCACUGCAAGAAAUGGGAGAAGCGCUUAAGCAAAUGGCUGACGUUAAGUACGCAUUAGACGACAACACCAAGCAAAACUUUCUCGAACCAUUACAUCAUUUACAAACCAAAGAUUUAAAAGAAGUGAUGCACCAUAGAAAGAAACUGCAGGGAAGAAGACUAGAUUAUGACUGUAAGCGUAGAAAACAAGCAAAAGGUUCACAUGUUAGUGACGAGGAACUGAAACAAGCCGAAGAAAAAUUUGCAGAAUCGUUGCACAGUGCUCAGAUAGGAAUGUUCAACUUGCUCGAUAACGAUAUAGAACAAAUAUCUCAGUUAACCACAUUCGCGGAAGGUCUUCUCGAAUACCAUCAACAGUGUACCGAAAUUCUGAAAUUGGCAGUUAUGGAAAUCCAGGAAAAGCGCGAUCAAGCUGCCAGUCGCCCGAAAUUAGAAUUUGUGCCUAAGACUUUGAACGAUUUACAUCCAGUGGAUGUUAUCGCAGACGACAUUAAUGACGAGUACGAGUUGAUGGAACCACAGCUCGCACACGUCAAAGGUAGUUCACGAGCUUCGUCCCCGACUCACGCAAAGUCUAACACGCUGGAAUUAACGUCUGGAGCAAACCAUCACGAUAACCAGCAUCAACAACCACAUCACAAUGCAUCUCCAGUUUCUUCUCCAAUAAAGUCUGUUCAACGGCAAAUACCACGCAACUCGCCUUGUUGUACCGCGUUAUACGAUUUUGAGGCCGAGAAUCCAGGAGAAUUAGGAUUUAAGGAGGGCGAGACUAUAAUACUACUGAACAGGGUCGAUGAAAACUGGUUUGAGGGCAGUACUAACGGCCGUACCGGAUACUUCCCAGUCACAUACGUACAAGUCGUCGUGGCGCUGCCUUAAGUAUCACAACUGCCAUUGACGAAGACUACGACACCGAACAGACCGCGACGCCAAUUCCUCUCCCCCGCGUAAGACUUGUUAAAAAAACGCAUCAUAAAAUAAUAUGUAUUAUAUUAUAUAAUAUCGCCCACAAUCGUACACAAUUCCAAUACUUAUCGUACGUAGGUACAUCGACGACGUAAACACAUUUUUAUAAUAAUAUAUUUAUUAUGAUUUGUAAUAAUAUGAUCGAUAUACAAACCGAUUUACUCGUGUUUAUGAGACGACGCUGUCAUAAAACUUACAUUUAAACCCUUUGCAAGAAAUAAAAUGAUAGAAACGGAAAAAAAUUACCAAUAUUAUAACACACGCUACUCGUUAAUUCCAUUCGGUUUUGUUGUUUGUAGGUGUAUAUUCUUCUUCUUCUUCUAAUAUUACUUUAACUACUAUAUUAUAAUACUACUAUUACUAUUAUAAUUAUAAUUAUACUUAUUAAUUAUUAAUUAUUAUUGUUAUCAUCAUGAUAUUAUAUAUAUAUAUUAUAUUAUAUUCGUUGGCCACGUUUUAAGACAAGUAUUUUAUGUGCAUUUGGCCUCGAUAAACUCGUUUAUUCUCCUAAUUCGACCGUAGGUAUUAGUGUGUAGAUAGUAUUUUUACUUGGACUUUUGAGAAUCUUAUUAUCUCGCGUUACGUUUUAACUCUUCUCUUUGUGCUCUCUUUGGCACUGAGCAAUUUUGACUACAUAACAGACAUAAAAGGGAUGAGUGUAUUCUGACGGUACUAAGUUCAAGCUCAACUUGUUCCCCUGUGUUUCUCUAUCGUGGUUAUAGUAACUCCAAUAAAUUAUAUCCGUGUUCUCUUAGAUCUUACCGAUUAUUCUAAUAAUUUAUAAUUAUUAUGCAUUCGUUUUUUAUGUAUAUUAAUCGUAAUUUUAUAUAUUAUUAUUAUAUAUAAAAUAAACAAAAAUUCUUAAAAUCUCGCUUGUUACCAUUUGCUAAACUAAAUUUUUGUAAAUAAGUUUUCUGAUAAACAUUAGACAAUAAAUAUGUUAAAUACUUCAAGUGAAGAUUAAACAAAAAAAGUUAAAAAUAUGAUAAUAAUGUUAUUUAUUUAUAUAUAUAAUAUGUUAUCAUUAUUUGUAUUUAAAUGUUGAGUGUGUAUUUAUGUAGUGUAACCUACCUAACGGCAUAAAAAACAAAUUUAAAUUAAAUUAUAACCUGCAUAUUAUGUGUUACCCCAAACAAUUUAAAAACAAAAAUUACUAAUUUUUAUAUUUCACUAUAUUUAUUUUAUGGAUAUGCCUCUAUUCUUGUUCUCAUUUAACAAUAACUUAGUACAUAAUAAUAUAUAGUAAAAAUAUGUUACUCCUUAAAAAAAAAUCUUUAUCACUUUAAAUUAUAGAAUUAUCCAAUGGAGUGUUUUUGUAAGUGUUGGACGUCUUUAUAAUAUAGUUAUAUGUUAUUGUAUAA